GCUUGAAUCUCAAGUAUCCGCCGAGGACUCUUCUCAAGCCCCCGAUGCGUCGCAAGUGCAUCAAUAUUUCCCCGAGUUGACCCAAUGCCACUACGGACGGGCAGCUCAAUGAUGCCCUCGAUGCUUUGCAAGGGCAUCAAUAUAUCGCGCACCGUCCAAUACCGGGGCGGCCGGGCGGUCCAAUAAGCGAUGAUCGGGCAGCCCAAUGAUCCCGACAACGUCCAAAUAUUCCAAUCUGGACGCCACGCAAGAGCGUCAAUACUGUUGACACGCAAGCGUCAUCAAUGGCCGUCCGAGUGGGCUCAAUGCCACUGCGAUAGCGCAGCUCAAUGGAGCGUUACCGCUGAACUCGCUUGUCCUCGUCGCCAAUCAUGGUCGCCAGGUCCUCUCGACGUCGUGUGCUUAGCUCGGGGAUGCUUCGCAAGUGCAUCAAUGUAUCGGGGACUCGCCCAAUCCCUCGGCAACCGGGCAGACCAACGUUUCACCUCCUCGACCUGCACUUACCGAUGCCACGACUGGAAAUGCCGAUGCGACUCUAGAGCGCCAAUACGACUCGGAUGCUAUGCAAGAGCAUUUAUCCCGAUGUCACGCAAGACCGUCAAUGCCGAUUUCAUACAAAAGCAUCGAUGUACUAGCAACGACGUCUUUCUCCCGCGAGUUCGCUCAAUCGCGCGGAGACCGAGCAGCUCAAUGUACUCUCGGAUCGAACAGAUCGCCGCCUCAUUUAUACACGCCGUCAAGUGGCAAUGGUCAAAGAAAUUCGUUCGCCCCCACCGAGGGAAGAAGGGGCUUCAGCUCACUGCUCUCAUUCUCGACAUCGACCUUUCCGAUUUCGAUGUAUUUCCGCUCGACAUAGAUUGUCGAGGACAUCGACAGCGAGCGUUCAGGAUGACGACCGUACAGGUGAAAGGCGGGGCAGAAGCUCAAUAUGGACCGACGCUGCUCCGAUACAUUUCCCCUGCGCGGUGCCGCAAUGGACACCUCCGGUGUGGCGAUGCAAUGGUUCUCUCGCGCGCGAAGGCGCAAAUGAUUUCUCCCGCGCGGCCGCGCAAUGAUUUUCUCUCGCGCGUCGACGCAAUGACUCUCUCCAAUGCGGUGGCGCAAUGACUCAAGCGCGGCGAUGCAAUGUGGUCGGCGGGCCAGUGAGGUCGGCAGGCCAAUGUUGCCUUCGUCAACAAGAUCCGACAAGCCCAUCGGGGCGAAGGACUUCAGUCGCGUAUAA